CCGGUGAUCUCCAUGAUUGCUGUGUCCUACGGACGUGAUGUGGUAAAAGGCCAAUCACAGCGGCCUUUUACCACGUGAUCAGCCGUGUCCAAUGACACGCUGAUCACAGAGAAAUGCAAUUCUCGCUGUCAGAUCGGAUCGGCACCGAUCAUCAGGGCACUGAUGAUCAGUGCCCUGAUGAUCGGUGCCUAGCAGUGCCACACACCAGUUCUGCCCACUUGUGCCCAGCAGUGCACCCACCUGUGCCCAGCAGUGCACCCACCAGUGCCACCCAGCAAUGCCACACACCUGUGCCACACACAUGUGCCCACCAGUGC